AUGUCCCGUGAAAAUCAGAAGCUCAAAAUACGUAUUCGCCGUGGUGGCCGAAAACGCCCAGUGCCAAAGGGCUGCACCUAUGGAAAUCCCAAGAGCCAUGGCGUUAACCAACUGAAACCCUAUCGUGGACUGCAGUCGAUUGCAGAGGAGCGUGUGGAUCGUCGACUCGGUGGCUUGCGAGUUUUAAAUACGUAUUGGAUUGCCCAAGAUGCUUCAUACAAAUAUUUUGAGGUAAUCCUGGUUGACACUCACCACAGUGCCAUUCGGCGGGAUCCAAAAAUUAACUGGAUCUGCAAAAAUGUCCAUAAGCAUCGUGAAUUGCGCGGUCUUACAUCAGCCGGCAAGAGUUCCCGUGGUAUUGGCAAGGGAUAUGGAUACUCUCAGACUAUUGGAGGAUCUAGGCAAGCUGCCUGGAAGUGCAAGAACCGCGAGCAUAUGCACAAGAAGCGAUAAUGUGUAUAUUCCAUUUAAAUUUAAUUUAAAUUAAUAUUUGGCUAAUAAAUCAGUGCAGCAUAUAAAAAA